AUGGACGACGACUAUGUUGCACAGCUCCUGGCUAAGGAGGCUAAGGAGAGUUCUAUAAAGUACGCGUCCCAAGGACUCAGUGCUUUCAAGCCUUCGAGGCCGACAAGCAAUGCCCCAAAACCCAAUACCCGCUUUCUACGAAACCUCAUCAAAGUAACAGACAAUCAUAACACAGCGCUCAAGCUCAAAGAGGAAAGAGAAGCACGGGAGCGUAUGCGCCAGCUGAAAUAUCAGGCCUCAGGUACUUCAGGUGCUUUAGCUCCAACGACAGACCGUUCUUCCAGACGAUCUGAUGAUCGUGAAGUGCGAGGAUCACAAGACCACCGGAGAGGAGAUCGGGAAGAUCGCAAUCGCUCACAUCGAAAAAGAACUCGAAGUCGUUCCCCUUCGGCGGAUCGAGACCGGUCGCGGAGGCAUCGACGAAGAGACGAAAAAUAUGACGAAACCGAGGAGAAAGAUAAAGACCGAGAUGAACAUCGGCGCGAACACCAGGAUCACGAGUCAUCGAGGAGAGAUCGACGGCACGGAGAUAAGGAACACACCAGGCGGCGACGUGAUCGGUCAUAUUCAAGGUCUCCCAGCCGUUCUCCGCACAGAGACCGAAGUACCGAUCGCCAUCGCCAUCGAAGACAGAAACGUGAAUCUGGGCACCGUACUCGCUCCCUUUCCCGCUCCCGCUCACCAGAGUCGUACAAAUCUCGGCGAUCAAAGCGGGAAGAUGCAUCGCCACAUGGCUCCCGCCGUUCUCGCCUAGAACCCAGCACGCGGCAUAGACGAGUGUCGCCGUCGUCUACUAUAACUGCACGUCAAAAAGAGGCAGGCAACGAAUCCGAUCCCCUAGAAGACCUUGUCGGACCACUCCCUCCUCGACAAAACGAGGCGCCUAUCCGCUCUCGUGGGCGAGGUGCUUAUAAACUCAAUAUGAGCAAUAUCGAUGCUCACUUUGCACCCGGCUACGACCCGGCUACCGAUGUGCAUCUAGAAGAAGACAAAUUACACUCCCUUGGCCAGGAAUCGUCUCGUCGCCCUGUCGCUGGGCUCAUGACAAAAGACGAUGACUGGGACAUGGCAAUGGAGGCGCUACGCGAUCGUGAGCGCUGGAGGAAGAAGGGCGAGGAGAGGCUACGUACAGCCGGAAUCGACGAGGCAGUCAUUGAUAAAUGGAAGAAUAACACCGCUUUUACGGGUGUGGAUGGAGAAGGCAAACCGGAGGACGUACAGUGGUCGAAGAAAGGCGAAGGACGGGAAUGGGAUCGCGGCAAGUUCGUGGAUGACGAUGGCCAUAUUGACAUUCGGGCUGCUUGGUAG